GUUACUGCCACAGUGCCACCAAUGGGCUUGAAUGGGAUCCCAGUGUGACUUGGCACUCAAACGGGAGAGGAGCCGAGCUCAAGUACAGAAGAAGGCAAGGCAAAAAAAACACUAUUUUUUACCUGCUUCCAUCGGCAUUUUUCACUCUUUGUGCUCCACUGGAACUGUCAAACAGAUUCUCGGUGGGACAUUACUUGGCAGAGUCCGAGCCGCGGUGUUGUUGGCCGACGAAAGCCGCGGACAAACAAAGGGAGGCAGGCUGGACUACAACAACUGAUUUGACAAGAAAGCGCCACUGUUGGAAGAAAGACGGAGAGUCGGAAGUGAUUUGUUUGUCCACGGGGGGAAAAAAUGUGAUUCGAAGCGUUUUGAAGGACAAACAGUAACAGUUCGAAAGAGGAGGAGUUUCUUUUUGGUGAAAAGACUUUCAGCUUUCGGAGUAUGGGAGGAGUUGUCAACCGGCUAUAAAAUGUACCCGCUACACAGAGAGAGGGAGCAGCCCAUCUACAGUGCCCGAGCUCAUGUGUUCCAGAUUGACCCGGCUACCAAACGCAACUGGCUGCCGGCAAGCAAGCAUGCCGCCACGGUGUCCUUCUUCUACGAUGCCAACCGCAGUGUCUACCGCAUCAUCAGCGUGGGCGGGACUAAAGCUAUCAUCAACAGCACCAUCACCCCGAACAUGACUUUCACCAAAACCUCCCAGAAGUUUGGCCAAUGGGCUGACAGUCGGGCCAACACGGUUUACGGCCUCGGCUUCUCUACAGAGCAGCAGCUUCAGCAGUUUGCUGAACAGUUUAGGGAGGUGAAGGAGGCAGCUCGUCUGGCCAGAGAGAAGUCCCAGGAGAGGUACGAACUGGCCAACCCUGCUCUCAACAUCGCUGCCCCACAGGAGCUGUCGGAGGAAUGUCACUCACCGCCGCUGCUGACAGUCAACGGGCCAGGAGAGGAAAAGCUGUUUCGCAGUAAAAGUGCAGAAGUGGAGCUCACGGUAGAGAAGGAGAGGGUCAAAAAGAUGCUGUCUGAAGGGUCCAUGUGUGAAAUCAACUUGGAGGCAGAGCUCUUCACUCUACAAGACAGUAACGCCAAGCUGGUAGCAGCACUGCAAGAAGCCAACAGCAGCGUGGCGCAGUGGAAGCAGCAAUUGGCUGAGUACCAGGAAGAGACCGAUCGCCUUAGGGAGCAGGUGGCAGAGUUGGAGGCACAGCUUGGCCAUCCCGCUGCUGCUCACGCUGAUAGCGAGGAGCUCAGCCGCUCACUGGAAGAGCUGGAAACCCUGCUGAGCAUCAAGGAGCAGGAGAUACACAGUCUUCAGAGCAAGACAACAGACGUGGGGCAGCUGGAGAGGGAGAGAGAAGAGGCUAUUCACAGACUCAAGGACCUUGAGAGGCGAAACACUGAGCUGGAGGGUCAAGUUCAGAGCGCUGAAAAGACACUGGCCUCCAGCAGGGGCGAGCGGGACAAAGCGGAGGUCGAGGUCCAACACAUCAUCCAGGCGCUCGAUGUCAAAAUAUCCGAUUUGAAUGACCUGAGACAAAGUCUGGCCAAGCUCAUGGAUUAGUAGUCCCGACUGCAGGCGGGCUGCAUCUCCACAGUCAAGGCGGGUUUUCCUUCACUUUCACUUUACUGACACAACCUUAAAAGUGCUUCGCACAGAAUAAGGUAGCCGCGCUCUACUUUCUUAAAUGUUCGUAGCAAUACUGUACUAGUACUAUCAUGUGUAACAUCUGAUGUGCUACUCUGCCUGCGUUCACACUUGUGGCUCUGCACUCUUGUCUGGAGCCAAAAUUUUUCAAACUUAGCAUUCCCAUUUGUAUUAUUAUUAUUGAACCAAAGACCGCACACUUAUAAUAACAUUAGGCGUGAUCAAAUCUGCAAAUAUUAGUAUUGAACUGAAAUAGUGGUAAAUAAAGGUCCAAUAUUGCCGUUGUGGAUAUUAACAUCAUUGAAUCAUUUUGUGAUUGUGCCUUUAAUUUGUUAAUGAUGAUUAUGAUCAAAGAUUUUAGGCAAACCAAAAAAAUAUUU